CGCUUCCCUGACUCUCACGCUCGCACCAAUUUACACACGAUGGCUGUCGCGGUGGCACCUCCCAAGAAAGUUAUGUCCAUGAAACGCAAGUUCGUUCAGGAGGGUCUCUUCUACGCGGAACUGAACCACUUCCUGUCCCUUGAACUAAACGACGAAGGAUACGCCGGCGUCGAGGUCCGAUCCUGCCAUCAGCGCCUCCAGAUCAUCAUACACGCCAAUCAGACCCGUGAGGUUCUGGGAGAGAAGGGACGCCGCAUCCGAGAACUCACGUUGGCGAUCAAAAAGCGCUUCAAGCUUCCCACCACGCCUGAACUCUUCGCCAACAAAAUCACCCACCGUGGACUAUCGGCUCUCGCUCAGGCGGAGUCCCUAAGAUACAAGCUCCUCAACGGCAUGACCAUUCGCCGCGCCUGCUACAGUGUUUUGCGAUACAUCAUGGACAAUGACGCGAAGGGUUGCGAACUGAAGGUGAGUGGAAAGCUCCGUGGUCAGCGCGCGAAAGCGAUGAAAUUCAGAGAUGGAUAUAUGCUCAAAUCCGGCCAACCGGCUAAAGAUUUUGUGGAUCGAGCGGUCCGACACGUUCUGUUCAGACAGGGCGUUUUGGGAAUCAAAGUUCAGAUUAUGCUCCCUUACGAUCCUCAAGGCAAGAAGGGACCUUCCAAACAACUCCCGGACUAUUUCCAUGUACUAGACCCAAAGGACGACGGAAACAAAUAAAAAAGCAAAAUUUAAAAUUUGUGGAGACACACGAACGUCUCUUGUGCAGCUCA